AGUUAUUAUUUUCUUAUUAUAAUAUCGAAUAGGAUUAGGGAAACUAUUGUACUAUAAAUACGUUGACACUUCUAGCUAUUUUAUUCAUCCAUAUUUUCUCGAUCAAUCAAAGGUAGAGAUCAAACAAAACAAACAAUGGCGGGUGGAAUUAUUGUCGAUGGUGGAAAAUUGGGUAAAGAAUAUCCAGGAAAACUAACUGGCUACGUGUUUUUGAGUUGCCUUCUUGCGGCUGCUGGAGGUUUGAUAUUCGGUUAUGACAUCGGGAUUUCAGGUGGAGUUACAUCUAUGCCUAUGUUUUUGGAGAAAUUCUUCCCAUCGGUGUAUAGACAACAGAUGGCGGACUCAGGGACGAAUCAGUACUGUAAAUUCAAUAGUGUCAAAUUAACUAUGUUCACAUCCUCCUUAUAUUUGGCUGCACUAGUGGCUUCUAUUGUGGCAUCUACUGUCACCAGAAAGUGGGGUCGUAAGCGAUCCAUGUUUGCCGGAGGACUCCUCUUCCUUGCUGGUGCUGUUGUUAAUGCCGCUGCUCAAAACGUUGCCAUGCUUAUCAUCGGCCGUAUACUUCUUGGUUUCGGCAUUGGCUUCGCUAAUCAGUCAGUGCCCGUGUUUCUAUCAGAGAUGGCACCUUACAAGCACCGUGGUGCACUAAACAUGAUGUUUCAACUCACAAUCACAAUAGGAAUCCUCGUAGCCAAUCUCCUUAACUAUGUUUUUGCCAAAGUUGAGCACAUUGGAUGGAGGUUGAGUCUCGGAGGAGCUGUGAUUCCUGCUCUCAUUAUCCUUGUUGGUUCUUUAAUCCUUCCCGAAACCCCCAACUCUCUCAUUGAAAGAGGCAAACUCGAUGAAGCUAAGAAACAAUUGUUAAAAAUCCGAGGGGUAGAUAAUGUUGACGCCGAACUUGAAGACCUGGUUACAGCUAGUGAAGCCUCCAAGAAAGUGGAAGACCCUUGGAGAAGCCUCUUAAAAGACAGACAAUAUCGACCUCCUCUUAUAUUCGCCUUUGCAAUUCCAAUGUUUCAACAACUUACCGGGAUCAAUGUGAUCAUGUUUUACGCACCUGUUUUGUUUAAAACAAUUGGAUUUGCUGAUGACGCAUCCCUUAUGUCAGCCGUCAUUACUGGUGGUGUUAACGUUGUUGCUACUUUGGUCUCUAUUUAUGGUGUUGAUAAAUGGGGAAGGCGCUCUCUUUUCCUCCAGGGUGGCAUCCAAAUGCUCGUUUUGCAGAUACUUGUGGCAACAUUCAUCGGAUGGAAAUUUGGGGUGACAGGAGACGCAACAAAUUUGCCAAAAUGGUAUGCAAUUAUAGUUGUAUUGUGUAUAUGCAUCUACGUAGCUGGAUUUGCAUGGUCAUGGGGACCUCUAGGAUGGCUUGUACCAAGUGAAAUCUUCCCUCUUGAAGUCAGAUCUGCUGCACAGAGUAUCAAUGUAUCAGUUAACAUGAUCUUCACAUUUAUUAUAGCUCAAGCUUUCCUCCCAAUGUUAUGUGCAUUAAAGUUUGGACUCUUCAUCUUCUUUGCCUUCUUCGUGGUGAUUAUGACAAUAUUCAUCUACUUCUUGUUGCCUGAGACCAAGAAUGUACCUAUUGAAGAGAUGGAUCUUGUCUGGAAAAACCACAAGUUUUGGGGUCAUUUCAUUCCUGAAAAUGUAGUUACUCCGGAGAUGCCCGUGCUUAAGGCUUAGUUUUUAGUUUUUAUUUAAUAAGAUUGUUAGUCAAAUAUUAUAACAGAUUGUAGUAGAUAGUUAUGUACUUAUGUUUAAUUCAAGCAUUCAUUAACUCUUAUGAAGUUAUAAUAAACAUGUACGUUGAGAAUUUUUCAUACUGAGUAUUUUAUUAUGCA